UGAAAAAAAAAAGACUUGCAAGUUACAACUGCAAAGUCAGAGUAUAAAGAUUAACAUUUUGUCAUUGAUUUCAUCUGAUGAGCUCAUUUCCAGUGUACACAGGCUCCAGAUUGCCAUCACUUUUUCUUCACUGGAUCAAAUAAUGCUUUUUACUGAUAAAUAAUGCUUCUUUAACUGUUUCUGCAGUAUUCACUGACAAUGUUUUCUUGUGCUAUUGGAUAGUAGUAGGAACCUCCUCCAACUUCGAUCAGAAAGCAGUAGGAAAGGAAAAGGAUCUAACAUGAUGGCAAUAAAGAAUAGAGAGUGACAAAGAGAGCAUUUUUCUGCCACACUUGCAACCACCAGUGCCAUGCGUUUGGUGGAUCUGAAAAAAAAAAUCCUGAUUCCUCCCCAAAUCUCACGAAUUCUCAUCUUCGCCCACCUCUCCUCUUGAUCUCUUCUACCAAGAAUUCUCUGCAGGGGAAGAAGAAGCAGCGGCAAAUUGUCAUGGCGACCAAGGUUGUCGACAAGCUGACGGUGGCGGCCUCCCCUCCGGCGGACGGCGGCGUGCUCCCGCUGACCUUCUUCGACGUGCCGUGGAUCUUCACCGGCCCGGUGGAGCGCGUCUUCCUCUACACCUACCCGCACGCCGUCGAACACCUCGCCGCCCACCUCCUCCCCUCCCUCGCCUCCUCGCUCUCCGCCGCGCUGCACCGCUUCUACCCGCUUCUUGGCCGCGUCCGGCCGUGUUCUAGCGGCGGCGGAGGCGGAGGGUACGAGUUCUGCUCCACGGGUGGGGAUGCCGACCGCGUCGAGCUCACCGUCGCCGAGAGCGGCGACGACUUCGAGGAGCUCGCCGGCGGCGGCCCGAUGGAUGUUGGGAGGCUGUACUCUCUGGUGCCGCGGCUCCCGCGCCCGGAGGAGGGGAGCUCCGAGCUCGCGGCGGUGCAGGUGACGGUUUUCCCCGGGAAGGGGCUCGCCGUCGGCGUGUCCAUCCACCAUGUGGCCUGCGACGAUUCCAGCUUCAUGCACUUCGUCAAGACCUGGGCGGCCAAUUGCCGGGUGGCUUCCGGUGGGGACGUCGAUGCUGUGCCGCCGCCGCCGCCGCCGUUCUUGGACCGUGGCGUGGUCGCCGAUCCCGACGGCCUUGCAGCCAAGACGCUCGAUCAAAUGCGGCAGCUGGCGAACAGCGGGCCACCCCCGCCACCGCCGUCCGGGCCGCCGCCGAAGCUGUUCAUGGCGUCGUUCACGCUCACCCGCGACAGCAUCGACAAGCUCAAGCAGCGCGUCACGGCGAGCGGCGGCGGCGGCGUCCACUGCUCGGCCUUCACCGUGGCGUGCGCGUACGCGUGGACCUGCCUAGCGCGAGUCGACGCCACCUCCGCCGCCAGGGAGCGCGCGCACCUGCUGUUCUCGGUGGAAUGCCGCCGCCGCCUGACCCCGCCGGUGCCGCAGGAGUACCUCGGCAACUGCCUCCGCCCUUGCUUCGUGGAGGUCGACACGGCCGGCCUGCUCGGCAGCGGCGCCGACGGCGUGGUGACGGCGGCGGUGGCCAUCGGCGCGGCCAUCAGGGGGCUCGACGACGGCGUGCUGGACGGCGCCGACGGGUGGUUCCAGAAGAUCGUGUCGCUGAUGCCGCACCGGCCGAUGUCCAUCGGCGGCUCGCCGCGGUACGGCGUGUACGACACCGACUUCGGGCUGGGCCGGCCGGCGAAGGUGGAGCUCCUGUCCAUCGACAAGACGCCCGGCACGGUGUCCAUGGCGGAGGCGCGCGACGGCCACGGCGGCAUCGAGAUUGGCGUGGCGCUGCCGGAGGCCGACAUGGCGCGGUUCAGCUCAUGCUUCGCCGACGGACUGAAGCAGCUGUGAGUGACGAACAGCUUGUUGCAUUUCUUGCUUUCUUGCUGCUACGAAUUGUUGCAGAGUUCAGAAUUUGUUCAGUUUGGAUGUGAUUCUGUAAUGCUAGCUGUUGGAUUGCAAUCGUUGAUCGAUCACAUAAGCGAUUGUGAAUUUGCAAUUGUCAAUCUAUGAAAUAAUCAGAUAAGCUGUAAUCUAUUCUACAUUUUUUUCAGAGAUGGAGCAGGAUAAGGCCUGCUUCGAUCAACUUCUGUUAUAAAAAAGACACUGAAUAUUCGGCUGUAUACUGCAUCUGAAUCUCCUUUUUGCUUUUAA